AUGGAAGAUGAUGAUUAUCUAGAUUUUAGUACUGAAGAAGACAAAUCGAAUGCUAAAAAAUUAGAUAGUAGGUUGCGUGAAGUAUAUGACCAUACAGGAUUAGAAGGACUGAAAGAGUAUGUAACGGAUGAGCUGAAUAGAUGGAAGGGUAAAAUUAUAUCAAUUGCAGUUACCGGAAGCAGUGGCGCUGGUAAAUCUAGCUUGAUCAAUGCUUUGCGAUGUAUAGAUCAAGAUGACGAAAAUGCAGCAGAGGAAGGACCUACUGAAACAACCUUUGAAAGGCAAGAAUAUCCUUUCCCUUCAAAUGAAAAGAUAGUCCUGUAUGAUAUUCCUGGAGCCGGAACGCCGUUACACCCAAAUGAGACUUACAUAGACGAUAUGAAGUUUGAUCAGUACAAUUUUGUUGUAAUCGUAGGUGCGACUCGAUUUACGGAAACCGAUGCAAUGAUUGCUAAGGAGCUACAACGUCUGAGUAAGCCAUUUUUUCUCGUGAGAUCAAAAAUUGGAUUUGAUGUGAACAAUAAGAAGAAAACACAAACAAGAGAUGACGUCAUAGACAAGAUUCGCAAAGAUUGUCUUUUAAAUCUAGAAAAGUUGGAUGUGCAAGCCGUCGAUAUUUUUCUAGUUGACAGUCAUGUUCACGAAGAUUUUGAACUCGGAAAACUGCAGAGGAGUAUUGCCGACAAUGCACCCGAAGAAGCCCUCAAAUCUUUGUUAAUCUUCAGCUAUAGAAACAUGACUAAAGAGAUCAUCGAAGCGAAGAUUAAACUCUUAAAGAAUCGUGCGAAGAUGGUAGCAUUGCAAGCAGUUGCGUCUGCUGCACCAGGAGCAGGGUAUUUGAUGGACUCGGAUGUUAUAACUGGGGAAAUAACUUUUUACAAAAAAGAACUUGGUCUUGAUGACAAGUCACUCGACGAAAUGUGUAAUAUUCUAGGUGUUGAUAUGACAGAAAUUAAAACCAUGAUAUCGUUCACUGAUUUGAGCUUUCAGGAAAAUAUGAUAAAAAUAUUUUCUGAAACGGAUGACAAGUUUGACGUUAAACAAAUAUGUUUAAGAUUCUUGCUGGAGUGUUUUGGAUCAUCACUUUUAGCGUUUUAUAAGUCCUAUGGAAAGGUAUACAACACACUAUGUAAAAUCUUAGAAAUUUUACAUGUGGAAGCACUUGUUAUCUGUGAACGUAUUCUCGAGAAAAAACGACAGUAA